AUGGCAGAGAAGGUGCUGGUCACAGGCGGAGCUGGCUACAUCGGCAGCCACACCGUGCUGGAGCUGCUGGAGGCUGGCUACUCGCCCGUGGUCAUUGACAACUUCCAUAAUGCCUUCCGUGGGGGGGCCUCCAUGCCUGAGAGCCUGCGGCGGGUUCAGGAGCUGACAGGCCACUCUGUGGAGUUUGAGGAGAUGGACAUCUUGGACCAGGCAGCCCUACAGCGUCUCUUUAAGAAGCACAGCUUUAUGGCAGUCAUCCAUUUUGCGGGGCUCAAAGCUGUGGGCGAGUCAGUGCAGAAGCCUCUAGAUUAUUACAGAGUUAACCUAACUGGGACCAUCCAGCUUCUGGAGAUCAUGCGGACCCACGGGGUGAAGAACCUGGUGUUCAGCAGCUCGGCCACCGUGUACGGAAACCCCCAGUACCUGCCCCUGGAUGAGGCCCACCCCACGGGUGGCUGUACCAACCCUUAUGGCAAGUCCAAGUUCUUCAUUGAGGAAAUAAUCCGGGACCUGUGCCAAGCAGACAAGGCCUGGAACGCGGUGCUGCUGCGCUAUUUCAACCCCACGGGCGCCCACGCCUCUGGCUGCAUCGGCGAGGAUCCCCAGGGCAUCCCCAACAACCUCAUGCCUUAUGUCUCCCAGGUAGCAAUUGGGCGACGGGAGGCCCUGAAUGUCUUUGGCAAUGACUAUGACACAGAGGAUGGCACAGGCGUCCGGGAUUACAUCCAUGUUGUGGAUCUGGCCAAGGGGCACAUCGCAGCCUUGAAGAAGCUGAAGGAGCAGUGUGGCUGCCGGAUCUACAACCUGGGCACGGGCACAGGCUAUUCAGUGCUGCAGAUGGUUCAGGCCAUGGAGAAGGCCUCCGGGAAGAAGAUCCCGUACAAGGUGGUGGAACGGCGGGAAGGUGACGUGGCUGCCUGUUACGCCAACCCCAGCCUGGCCCACAAGGAGCUGGGCUGGACAGCAGCCCUAGGGCUGGACAGGAUGUGGGAAGACCUAUGGCGCUGGCAGAAGCAGAAUCCUUCGGGCUUCGGCGCGCAGGCCUGAGCCCUCCCCUACCAUGGACCAGAAAAGGAAAAGCAGCAGCUGCUUGCUCUCCAGCCUCUGGCAGGAACCCAGGGCCCUGAAGCCUCUGAGGCCAAGCCGAGGCACCCCCUACCUCAAAUCCCAGCUGGGCCUGCUCAGCCCACCAGGCAUGAGGCCAAGGGCUCCACUGACCAGGAGUCCAGGGUCUCUGACUCUUAACUUCCACAGGGUCCAGGAGCUCAUCAGGACCACCAAGCUCGAGCGAGGGGGCAGAGCUCUAGGGAAAAAAAAACCCUCCUCCUGGGCGCUAAUUUAUACUGCUCUGAAGGAGCUAUCCAAAGUAUUUAAAAUAAAAAAAGUUUUCUUACACUGGGGCA